UCCAUUAAGAUAUGCGAUGUGAUAGCGGUGUGGCGCUGGAAAUAGUAUAGUGCAGAAUGAGGCAGAUAGUGUGCACUGCAAUUGGUGCAAAAGAUAGCUGGGGAAAAAAAUAUACGUAAAGGAAUUGCAAAUAUAAUAAAUACGGCAUAAGAUUUGCCUACGGCAGCUUUGCGUCAGCUUUGGGCUUGUAAAUGGACAACGACGGAUUUACAAAACAUUUUAGAUAAUUGGCAUGCUAACAAAACAACGGUGCCUGAUUUAGAAGCAGCGGAUACACUACUCUGCCAAGCCAUUGAGCUGACGCUCAUAUUUGUGCAAAACAAUUUCACAGGACCAUUUAAACAAUUAGACGAGUUCAGUAGUUUUCUACAAACCAAAGGAUUAGAAGAGUAUGAUCCCUUUGUGCGGUUGAUGGAAAAUGGUGAAGAAAUAAAUCCAAAUGUCAAACUGGGCGAGUUGUUGGUGCUGGCCAAAGAAAUGCUAGCUUUAUUGCGUCAACACUGGCCGGAUUCAUUGUAUCUACAAUGGUGGCAUAUGCGUUUGAUUUACAUACAGCAGAAUGUCAUUGAUGAGUUAACCGGCAAUUUGUAUGAGCAACUGAAAUUAGUCGCUGAAAAUUUAUUGAAAAAUGUUGAUAAAGUGCCGGAAAAAGAGUUGCAAGUUUUGCUGUACCUGGAAGUGGGAAAUAGUUAUUUACUAUUUCAUCGCUCGCAAAAGGCAGACGAUGUGCUUGAGCAAUUGUGUCAACGUCUGGCUAUAGCGUUGAAUGUGGAAGGUAUACUUGGUGUACGCACAAAGUUUCAGCAGAAACCUUUGCCACAACUGUGUUUGAAAGUGCAACAUGCCAAUAGUGAUUUACCGUUAGCGCAGGUCACCAAUGGUAAAACGAAUAUACCGAAGUUGCUGCUUUUAGAAGAUGAUACAAGACUCGAGCGCAUACGUUUCAUUGAACCUAAAGACAACGAAGUGAUGACACUACCCAGCGUAUUGCAAGCGUUGGUGCUGGCAAAAGUUAAACAGCUCAAACGUUCGCAACCAAAAGAUCGUCUAGCCGACGAAGAACUGGAGCCAUAUAUCAAAACGUUGUUAUAUCAGGAACAUGGUCCACUACAAGUACGCCAAUCCGCUUUGUUGCUUAAUUGCGUGCAAGAGUCAAAUCAACGCCGCACCGUCGAGCGCAGUUGGAAGCAGUGUGAAGGUGCCGUGAAACUACUCGAUGGUCCCAUAUUUACAUUGCCAGAGCGACUCUCCUAUGCAUUUGCUGGUUUCCUACAACCCAAAUGGCAAGUACAAAUGCAACUCUGCGAGUUACUCUUAUCAUUGGGUAUGACAAAAACGGCAUUAGAUAUCUAUCUGCAAAUACAAGCAUGGGCGGAAGUUAUACAGUGCUAUACAAAGUUGGAGUUAAGGCAUAAGGCCGCCGAAAUUAUAAGACAAGAGUUGGAGAAGAAACCCACCGUGUUGUUACAUUGUCUGCUUGGUGAUGCCAUUGAUGACCCGAACUGCUAUGCGACAGCUUGGGAGUACUCCAAACAUACAAGCGGUAGAGCGCAAGCACAUUGGGGCACAUACUUCUUCCGUAAAGCAGAGUACGCCGAGGCUAUACCACAUUUGGAGAAGUCUGUAGAGAUAAAUUCUCUGCAAGAGAAGAUAUGGCUACGUUUGGGCUUUGCGGCCAUACAGCUGGAACGUUGGGAACUCGCCGUACAUGCGUACAUAACCUAUACACACAUUGAGCCGCUGGGUUUUGAAUCGUGGAACAACUUGGCGAAGGCGCUAGUGAAAUUGGGCGAUAAAAUACGUGCACACAAGGUGCUAAGCGAAUCGCUUAAGUGUAAUUACAACAACUGGAAGGUUUGGGAAAACUUUAUGAUUGUUUCUGUGGAUACGUGUAAUCUUGAAGACGCCUUGAAUGCCUACAAUCGUCUCAGCGAUUUGAAAGAUCGUUAUCUAGAUUUGGAAGUGCUUUGCGUUACAAUCGGUGCCAUUGUCGAGGGCAAAGCUGAUGCCAAAGGUCAAACGCAGGAGCGUUUGCGUAAGAAAGCCAUCACAUUGAUGGCACAACAAUGCAUUAAGCACGGCAACGAACCGAAGGUAUGGGAAUUGGCCGCACUGCUUGCUGUUACGCCCAUGAACCGAGCACAAAAACUGGUUAAAGCUGUGAAUGCGUACACUACGAAAGAACUGGAGUGGGCGACCAAACAACCAUAUGCGCUCAAAGUGAUACAGGUGUGCCAGCAGGCAUGCGAGUUGUCACUGGAUGCCACCAAGGAGCACGCGCCGGAAGAAACUGACGUUAUGAUUACUUCACAAUUGAAUUCCGCACGGCUGGCCGCUCAAGCGGUGCUACGUGCCACGGGGAAAGUUAACGAAAAGUGGGCGGAAAAUGAAGAAGCACUAACGGUAUUAAAAGCACAACUCGAGUCGCUGACCGCCACGGUUAAAGAACGUAUGAAUGUGAGCUGAUAAUGCAUUUGUGUAAACUUUAAGCAUUUGAAAAAAAAUAGCAAGCUUAACUUUUUUAAUAAAAUAAAUUGUAUUUUAAAUACCAA